AUGGUACAAAAGACUGUCCUGAAGGUUGACAUAUCAUGCCUAAAAUGCAAGAAGAAGCUGAUCAAGGCAGUGAGUGGCCUGAAAGGUGUGGAUAAAGUUGAAGCUGAUGCAGCCAAGGGAACUUUGACUGUAACAGGCGACUGUGAUCCAUAUGAAAUAAUAGUUCGCACUAGAAAAGUUGGCAAAUGUGUUGAAGUAGUGAGUAUUGGGCCUCCUCCUCCUCCACCUAAACAGCCUCCACCGAAGAAGGAAAAAGAGAAACCAGACCCGAGGCCCCAACAUAUUUGCAUGCCCCAUGACUAUGUUAUUGUAGGGGCAUGUAAUGAGCCCAACCCCUCUUGCUCUAUCAUGUGA